GCGAGAGGCCGAGCGUGUAACCGAAACCGGGAGUUCAUCUGUCCCGGUCCCCAGUUCAGCUUCCAACGUGGGCCAAGCCCCUUCCGAUUCGUCCGAGUGGAGUAUCCAGUCUGAGUGGCGGACUCUUUCCCGUCCGCUUGCCGGCUCCCAGUCGAGCACGACCUCACGGGACGCGCCCGACUCGUGGAGCUCUGGUGUGUCUACCCACUUCAGCCGCAGUGUUAGCCGGGCGACUGAUUCCGACUCCAAGACUGGCCUCUGGGGCUUCAGUACCCACGGCCCAAGGAAUCGGAUCUCUCAGUCAACCACUCGCUCGAACGUGUCGGGUGGAGCCGCCCCUCCCAUUAACGUGGACACCGGCAUCUUGGGGUUGCCGGUAACAGAAACUGUCCCUCUUUCUGAUUCCGUAGUGUUGACACAAGAGUCCUCCCAGCCCUCUUUAUUCAGCACUCCCCCGAGUUCGAUUGAUCUGCGUCCCGCCUCCGUUGAUGAUGGGUCGACAAUAAGCUCUGGCCCGUUCUCAGUGCCGGGAUCCCACUGCGGGUCGAUACAAGAGCCCACCCCGACCUCAGUGCCCGGCUUCCAAUGGUUAUCGGGGCCAGGGCUUCCUACAUGCACUAGCUCUUCACGAAUAGCUUUGCCAACGCCUCCUACAGCAGAUUACACACCCCAAGUGACCGUACAAGGGUUCACCGCCCCCACAGUGCCUAGUCAUCCUUGGGUGUCAGUACUAGGACCCCCUCUACCCAAAUACUUUUCGCAACGAUCAGUGCAAGGGCCGCCUACACACACUAACACACCUCAAGGGUCUGCGCAGCAUUUGGUGGUCAGCAGCCCCCGGGAUUCGAUAGCGGAACCUCCCACACACAGCUAUCCUUCUCAAAUAUCGAUAACAGCGCCUCCUGUUCCCAAUAACACCCCUCGAGUGUCAGUGCAAGGGUCCACGACCUUCUCAAUACCCAGCUCCACCCGGGUAUCUCUAGAAGGAUCGACUCCGCCCCCGGGCUCUCCCCGGGUGUUAACACAAGGGUCUGCCCCGCCCUCGGUGCCUGGCUCCCACUGGGUAUUUGUAAAGAGGCCGACUCCGCCCUCGGGCUCCCCCCGAGUGUCCGAAGAAGGGUCUGCCCCACCCUUGGCAGUCCCGGCUCAUAUACAGUCGCCCCGGGAGAGCCUGAAGCCAAGAAUGGCGAAUCACGAGAAGGCGAUCCACAUGUUCGACGUAGUGGUGAUAGGAGGCGGCAUAUCAGGGUUGGCGGCUGCCAAACUCUUAUCUGAAUAUGAUGUUAAUGUUUUGGUGUUAGAAGCCCGGGACAGGGUUGGAGGAAGAACAUACACUGUGAGGAAUAAACAUGUCAAUUAUGUGGAUGUUGGUGGAGCUUAUGUGGGACCGACUCAGAACAGAAUCUUACGUUUAUCUAAAGAACUGGGCUUAGAAACGUACAAAAUAAACGUCAAUGAGCGUCUUGUUCAAUAUGUCAAGGGGAAAACUUAUCCAUUUCGUGGUGCCUUCCCUCCUGUAUGGAAUCCUGUUGCUUAUCUAGAUUACAACAACUUGUGGCGAACCAUGGACAGCAUGGGAAAGGAGAUCCCAGCAGAUGCACCUUGGCAGGCACCUCAUGCUGAAGAGUGGGACAAGAUGACCAUGAAAGACCUUAUUGAUAAAAUAUGCUGGACAAAGACUGCCAGACACUUCGCCUAUCUUUUUGUGAACAUCAAUGUGACCUCUGAGCCUCAUGAGGUAUCUGCCCUGUGGUUCUUGUGGUAUGUAAAGCAGUGUGGUGGCACCACGCGGAUCUUCUCAAUCACCAAUGGGGGCCAGGAACGCAAGUUUAUCGGUGGAUCUGGCCAAGUAAGCGAGAGGAUAAUGGACCUCCUUGGGGACCGAGUGAAGCUGAAAUGUCCUGUCACAUAUGUUGAUCAAACUAAUGACAAUAUCGUAGUGGAGACAUUGAAUCAUGAAACCUAUGAGUGCAAAUAUGUACUUAGUGCCAUCCCUCCAACCUUGACUGCUAAAAUCCACUUCAAACCAGAACUUCCACCAGAGAGAAACCAACUAAUUCAACGUCUUCCCAUGGGAGCUAUCAUUAAGUGUAUGAUGUAUUACAAAGAGGCCUUCUGGAAGAAGAAGGAUUACUGUGGUUGCAUGAUCAUUGAAGAUGAAGAAGCUCCAAUUUCAAUAACCCUGGAUGACACCAAGCCAGAUGGAUCACUGCCUGCCAUAAUGGGUUUCAUCGUUGCCCGUAAAGCUGAUCGGCUUGCCAAGCUUCAUAAGGAAAUCAGGAAGCGGAAAAUCUGCGAACUGUAUGCUAGAGUGCUGGGAUCAGAAGAAGCUUUACAACCGGUGCAUUAUGAAGAGAAGAACUGGUGUGAAGAACAAUAUUCCGGGGGCUGCUACACAGCCUACUUCCCCCCAGGCAUCAUGACUCAAUAUGGAAGGGUAAUUCGCCAGCCCGUGGGCAGGAUUUAUUUUGCUGGUACAGAGACAGCCACACAAUGGAGUGGUUACAUGGAAGGCGCAGUGGAGGCUGGGGAGCGAGCUGCUCGAGAGAUCUUGAAUGCUCUGGGGAAAGUAGCCAAAAAAGAUAUAUGGGUGCCAGAACCAGAAUCACAGGAUGUUCCAUCAUUAGAAAUCAAACCUACCUUCCUGGAAAGAAAUUUACCAUCUGUUCCUGGCCUCCUGAAGAUCAUUGGGGUUUCUACAUCAGUAACCACUCUGUGUCUUGUCCUGUACAAGUGGAAGCUACUGCCACGGCCCUAACAUUUCAGCCUCAUGCAUUCUACUUAGUCUUACCCAACACCAUAAAAAAAUGUUGGCCAAUUGUAGGCUGUAUCAUUGGGCCAUUUUAAGUGCACUUGAUUUAAUCAUUUGCAUUUAGUCUCAGUCUGUGUUAAUGUAAAAUCCACCCAAAGAAUCAUAUAAUUCAUUUUGGUAAGAUCCAAUUCUACCUUAUUUAUGUAGACUAACUCAUGUUGAUUGAUAAAACUUUCUGAUUGCCUCUUAAUUUCAAAAUGUUAAAGUUGAAGUACUCCUCAGAAACAAUUUCUGUGUCCCGUUUUUCUUCCAUCAAUGUGAAGUGUCUAAUAAUUUCAAAAAUAAAAUGUUCGACUUUCUCCCUGUCAAGGUGGAGUAGGUUAAGACCCAGCCUGUGACUGACCUUUUUCUGUCCUUAAACAAUUGCGAUGCAUUGGUGCAGAGCCUGGAGGCUCAUAGCUUCCUGGAGGGAGCAGCUCCUACUUUGGAUUAGGAAAUAGUAAAUGAAACAGAAUGGGGUAGGGACAUGCAGGCCCUAAGUCUAUGAUGGGGACAUCUUGUAGGCUGCUGCCUCAGGAAUCCCCUCGCCACUUCUAAUUCCUGGAAUGUUCUAGACAUCUAGGUUCAGCACUCUAUCCUAUUUGUAUGUUUUCUUCUUUGACUUCUUCCAGAGGAAAGCACUUACUGAGUUAUAAUGAAAUGGAUUUGUUGGAACUUCUGUGUACCACCCAAGAUGAGCAGCAUAAUAGAGCAGCAAAACUGUCCUCUAGGAGGCCUCCCUGACCAGCCUCCUGUGAGCCCAGCUACAAUGGGCAUCUUCUCUUCUGCCUGGAAGGUGGCCAGACAGCAGUCAGUCCUUGUCAGUGAUAGCAUUUUAUGACGAUGGCAAGAAAGCUGUAUUUCCUUUUUCUCAGGUAGCCCCCAGUUGUCUGAAGGCCCUUAGGGUCAUAUUUUUUUUUCCUAUGACCAUAGAAUUAGAUCUCUUAACUUGCAUAUGUCUUCAGCAUGGCUACUUUGCAUAAAUAUUAGCAUGCCAAUUUCUCUCAAAUGAGUGCUGAAAUAUACAUGAUAAAUUUCUGAUUGUUAUUCAUGAAGACUCAAUACAGAAAGGAAAUUAGGGCUCUAUAUGAUAACCUCAAUUUGCUUCAUUUACUAAAUUUUAUAUCAGAAGCAAAAUUGAGUGAUUUUAUAUCUGAAGACUAUGUUCUCUAUCUUAGGAGUAAUAUGGGCCCAGACCAGUGCCCACUUCUUACCUUGGCCAUUUUAAAAAUUGCCAAAUUUUUUUAAAGCUCCUGCCAAAAAAUUCAAUCAUAAAAUAGUUCUUUUUAAAAAUAUAUUUUUUUUAUUUAAGGAGAAUUAAAGAGUACCAGAGAAAACCAGCCAAACCAAGUAUAUUACUCCAUUAACCUUAUCAGAAAUGCAAAUGUUAGUCUCUGGACCCUGGGUAUGAGGACUUUAGGUCUUCCAAAGUUUUUCCUAUCCUAAGAGCAAAGAGCUGGAUUUUUCUGCCACUCUUUCUUUCUCUUGCAAUUCAAAAGUAUUUUAGCUAACUUAGGAGUUUCAGUAACAUCUUGGAUAUACUCCAGUACCAUAAGGAGUUGCUGAACAUUAUAUCAAACUGCUUUGAGAAAUCUCAUCUCUAAUCUCAUGUAGUUUUUCUGUUCACUUACUGAUUAACCCAGUCCUGACACACCUCUUGGGGAGUGCUUAUUUAAACUUCUGAACUGGUAACAGUUUUAACAGUAAUCAAGUUGGUAACAUAUGUAAGUCUUGCAUGUUGAAGUACUCCAAGUGUGCCAUUUACUAUCUUCUCCAACUUUUUAGAAAACCCAUUGAUUGAUCCUACUUAGAUCAAUUCUAUUAAGCUACAGAUUUGGGUAUCAAAAUGAAUGCCAGUCCAGAUCUGCCUAGACAUGAAAUCAGAGCUGAGAACUCCCACCAUAUGUGAGGGUCAUCCAUUAUGAAGAUACCAUUGAUCUCUCCCAACCAGAGAGACAAAAGACAAUGUAAGAUGCUGAUAGACUUUGGCUCUAUAAGGCAUCCGCUUCACAGUUCUGAAGAUUGAGUUGGCCUCAUUCCAUAGUUAUGUUGAGAAUUAGAUUUUAAAAUUUCAUCUGUUUGUCACAACUGACUGCUAAAUAAGAUCUCAUACUCCACUGAAGAAUAAAAUAUUGAAGGAUUGUAAACCCUGUUUAGUUUGUAAACUUGGUGUCUAAUGUUCUGUGUCUGAAGUUUGUCCCCAGUGCUACAUGUGGGAGUAUGCCCAUGUGUCUGCUUUGUCAUCAAAGUGAGAUUUGCCUGUAUGGUACUGUUUGCUAAUAAAGUAUACUACCACCCCUGA